CUUAACAUCCGCUACUCGUCAUUCACGUUUCGUUGUGUCGCGCUUUAACAAUAUUGAUGACUUGUGUUGUAUACUUUACUUCAGUGCUUAUCGGUCUUCGUCUUCGUAAUAUACGUUAAAGAAAAAUAAUAUUAAAAUAUCGAAGUGAAAAGAAACAAGUUUUAUUGUUUUAGAUAAAAAAAAGAGGAACAGAUCGUCUGAUGUACUUUCGACCAAAAAUCUAGUUUACACUUAAUGUGAUUAUAUAACUGGUUAAAAAGUAGCAAAAUUUAAACCAAAAUUUAAACAUUUCCUCGCUAAUGAACAGAUAAAAAGUGCAAAGGAAUUACUUACCUUUGAUAUACACUGGUUGAUAAACUUGCAGUUACAUUUCUCUUUUAUGUUGAUGAAUUUGUGAAAUGAAUUCCGUAUAAUAUUUAAAUUUAUGAGUGUACUUCCUAAUGGGUUACUAAAACAAUUAAAAGCGUGUACCACUGUAUCACACAAUGGUUUUCAACGUCACUCAACAUCCAUUUGCAGCAGUUUUAGAUGGUUUAUAACCGCUUAGAAACCUCAUGAACCUACAUACAGGUUAUAUUGAUAGAUACAAUACAGAAAAGUAGUUCUCAGCAACAGAUACCUUUACACGUCGAAAUAUAACAAACUAGCAUCUCAUCAUCAUCAGCACCAUGAAGAAAUCGGUAUUAUUUAUGAAUUGGAAAUAAGAAAGAUAUAUCUACAACCAGACUGCAAAUGUAUAAGUGGACCGAUCAUCACAAUAUUGCCAGUGACGCACAAGCAUUUCGUUCUUCACAUGUUAAAAUAAUGAAUCCAAAGUUUUGAUGCACACUAACAACAACACACUUUAAUGUACCGCAAUUGUCUUGUUGACAGAAUUGUACAUAUAAAUUCGAGUAAAUAAAAGACUGAACGCAAUAACAAUACCAAAAUGGAUCAUAGCGAUUUAGUAUCCGAAAUGUCUCAGGUGGAGAAUUUGUCAACGCAAGAGCGACUUCACUUAGCCAGAAUGCGGCGGGCUCAUCAGUUGAAAGUAGCGAAACAAAAAGAAAAGGAAUGGCUCAAAUCGCAAAGUCGUCGUGACCGAAAUUCGAACAACAAUAAUGCGAAAAAGCGAAAACAUAUCACAUUCGAGAACAGCGUUGUGGUGCUUGAAGCGGCCGCACGUAAUGAUAUCGACGAAGUAGCGAGAUUAUUGGAAUCUGGUGUGUCACCAGAUGCAACCAACGAGGAUGGCCUAACACCUUUGCAUCAAUGUUGCAUUGAUAACAAUGCCGAUAUGUUGACUUUACUGUUGGAUUUUGGUGCGUUUGUGAAUGCUAAGGACAGUGAAAAGUGGACUCCGCUUCACGCAGCAGCUACAUGUGGGCAUUUGUAUUUAGUAAAAAUAUUAAUAAACCGAGGCGCUAAUUUACUGGCUGUUAAUGUCGAUGGAAAUAUGCCGUAUGACUUGUGUGAAGAUGAAGAAACACUCGAUUGUAUCGAAGCUGAGAUGUCACGGCGUGGAGUCACCCAAGAAUUGAUAGACGAAACGCGAGCAGCUACUGAAAAUCAAAUGUUACAAGAUUUGACAGAAAUCGCUGCCAGAUGUGGUGAUCUCGAAUAUCCCGAUAAGCAAGGAGCAACGCCACUGCACAUUGCUUCUGCAAAUGGUUAUACGAAGGUUGUUGAGUUUCUAUUAGAAAAUCAUGUGAACGUUGAUGCUACCGAUAAGGAUUUGUGGUCACCCGUUCAUGCUGCUGCUUGUUGGGGGCAUAUGGAAGUAUUGGAAAUGUUGGCGAUGAGCGGUGCUGAUUUGAAUGCUAAAAACAAAAACGAUGAAACACCCUCGGGUAUAUGCGAGGAUGCGGAAAUUAGAGAACGAAUAGAACAACUGAAAACGGAGCAAGAAAGUAAAAGAUUAGCCGAAGCCCAGCGGAGACGUGUCAGGCGGUCCCAAAGCAAUAACACAAGAGCACAAUCUGUCCGCAGAACGUCACUUCGUGAUAAAACAUUAACAACUAAAAAGGAUGCUGUGGAAGAGACGAGACUACGCUUACAAGCACAAGAGGGCUACACCGUACCCGAUAGUACUACCGAGCCUAAUUCGAUAACAUCGGAUGUAUCCAAUUCCAUAUUACCGAAUACGAAAACAAAACAUUCCACGCCAUCAUUGCCGACCAAACAUCCGAACAAUACCGUCAAUAACAACAACAAUCCACGAUAUCCAGCUACUGCGAAACCACAAAAUCCGUUGUACGGACAGGGAACGGUAUUUCCGAGCCAAAAUCACUAUGAGUCAACACUAAAUAGACGGUCACCGGACGGCAAGGACAACGAAGCGUAUCUGUUGGAGGAUAAGAAAAUGGCAAACAAUAAUAAUCCGCAAAAAAUUGGUAACGACAUUUCUACUGAGAUAUUUUCUGCUUCUAAUGAGAAUGGAAAAAUUAAUGUGCAAGUCACUGUGCUUGUUGACACUCACAAUUUAGAUAACUCGCUCUCAGGCACGACAUUGGCUAAUCUUAAAAAGCAAAGAGCACAGUCCCGGUCCAGUACAACGUCCGAAAAUGGUUCACUUAUCGGCAAUCCGACAAUUGCAUCGAGUUUAAUGAGCGGCCAACCGAUGAUGGAAAUGAAUGAAUUGAAUGAUCAAACGCCGAAAAUAACGAAAUUUAGCGGAGUGACCAGUGAUGUUGUAAGUGAUAGUACGAGCUCGAGACGCUGCUGUACCGUUAUGUGAAUUAUGGUGUUUGUACUUAAUUUGUGAAACUUAAACGUAAUAUUGUAAAGUUAAGGUGUAAAAGUGGAAACGACUGGGCUGUAUAUAGAAGAGAGAGAGCGAAAUUAGAAAGAAGUAAACGAAGAAAAUCGUAAAAUAAAUUAGGAAUGAUCGAUGAUAAGAGAUGAUUGUUAGUCGAUUGUAAUAUUUUCAAUUUAAAAUGGAAAAUGGAAAUAAAUGAAAGGAAACUGUAAUGCCGUCGGUCGAUUUGUAUACAAGUACUUGUAAAUGUAGCUACAAAAAUUACAAAACAGACCAGUAAAUUGUUCACCGAAUCGAUUCUAAUUCUACAGAACUCUUUCUAUUUUGAUGAAUAAAUUUGUGAA